UUCUCGUUUUUACAGUAAUUUUUGCUACUCUACUGGAGACGCUGCAAUAUUUGAGGGUUUGAUCUCUACAUAACCAUGAUUUUCAUCAUCCUACCCGCAAUCCUGGCCAUGUCCGCUAUAUCCGGAGUUGACUGCCGUUUCCUUUCUUGUAAUUUGAAGUGCCCCGCCGGAACAAAAUGUGUUCUGCAAAGAAGCACGUGCGAGUACCCGCCUUGCAAACGUUACCCAGUCUGUAUGGAGGUCAACCCGACAUACGAAAUGAACCACAUUCCCGCCGAGCUGUCCCGUCCCGGGAGGUGCCCCGUGCCCACGACCCCAGGCACCUGCAUCACCCAGUGUCAAAACGACGCCAUGUGUCCAAACAACGAGAUUUGCUGUUACAACGGCUGCGGGUUCACCUGUAGUGGGCACCAAAAUAAGCCCGGCACGUGCCCUAGGUACCUCCGGAACGAGAACUUGUGUGGGAUGGACUGCUCGUCCGACAGCGACUGCCCGGGGGUGGAGAAGUGCUGUAUGACGGCCUGUGGGAGCACCUGCUCACGGCCCUGCUACUACUAUCUGUUUAACACUGCCAACCAGGCGGCCGGCGUCCGGUCCGCCUUCUGGUCGCUGCCCUACAUCUGUCGCCAAUUAUGAGACGAACCUCAAUGGAAAAAACCAAAAUCAUUCUGCCAUACACUGUCUGUACCCUUUGUAUGUGUGUCUGUAUGUGCGUGUGUUAAACCGUCCAUUGUGUUCUACUUUUACCGUGUUCAAGCAAGUGGUGAUAUUAUAAAGGGGGUGGGAACUAUUUUGAAAAGAAUACUAUGUUUACAGUAUUUUAUUGUGCAAUGAUAGGUACUUUUCAGAUCUGAAUAAAUUAUUUAUUUUCAGAUAAAA